UACGCGAAAGAUCUUCGAAAAGAUGAGGUCGUUCGGGAAUUUGACUUUUGGGCUACUGAUUGUCCUCAUCGCGUGUUUAAGUGUUGGUUUAGAAGCUCGUCGCCUGGCACUUCGACCUCUUACGGGAAGAGAACUCCGCAAAGCUAUAAGGGAAUCUGGUUUGGAUGAAGAUUCGGAAGCUGGAAGAUCGGUGGCCUCUGCAUUAGCUGGUCUCAGUGGAUUUGCUCUGGGAAUUACGAAAGGAGUAGGCGGUUCCAUUUUGUUCGAUGUGGUGACCUCGAACGUGACUAUUGACUACCUGACCAGUCUGCUCAACUCCACCGCCUCCUCGACCACUUCGAGCAGCAGUGGAACUGCCCAGGAGGUUUGCUUCAACAGUCGCAGUGUCGACGGGGAUAUUAUCAACGGUAGGAGCAAUGAUGAGGUGUAUGAUGAUGCUGAUCCAGUUGGCGAAUGGAGGCAGACUACAGGUUCUGGCACGACUACCACUGGUACUGGUUCUGGUGGCAGUAAUGGAGUCACCUGCAUUGUCCUGAGUUCAAAGGGAUCUCGCCGCAGGCGUCUUCUAGAGAUUCGACCGGGAACCUUGAGAUCCUCUGAACGUCGCCCGUCAUUGAAAAAGUAUCGCAGACAUAGGUUCUAGGGGAAACACUUUCUUUCCUAUCCCAUACUUUAAUUUUAAGUUAUUUAUUGAGUUCGCUUAGUUUAUUAAAUUUUAAUUGUUCC